GAGGAGAAUUCAAAGACCACAACCCGAGCAAGUUUCUCCGCUCCUCCUCUGCCCCCCUCCCACCCCCAUGCAGUCAGCAGUAGCGAUUAACAAAGUUGAAACCCUGGCCUAAUCCAGGGCACAGUCGCAGUGUGGUUUUAGUAAACGCAGGGAUUCAAAGGAUAGGACCGGAGACAACAGCGACAGCCGACCCAUCAGUUGGCGUGCUCGUCGUCCACAUGCGGCCGGGCUCCAGCCAUUAGAUAACUUGUGAGUAGCAGCGAAGAUUUUGUCUCUCUCGGCUUGCUCCAUCUGUCUGUGGAAGAAGAGAACGGGAGAGAGAAGCAGACGCAGCAGAGACGCCACACGCGCAUGCGGGUUGAGGAUAGCAAGGCCGCUCGAUCCGUCGUCCCCGUCGCCGUAGCCUCCGCUUCGCGUCGGGUUCUUCCAUGAUUCGGGAGGCAAGGCCAUGUCUCCUUUCCUCCUCGGAUUCCUCGGCCUACUCCUCGUCGCAGGUGAGGUGACGGUGGUGAUCGGCGCGCAGGGCGGCAACGGCAGCGCCAGCGGCGACAAGGAGGUGCUCGUCGAGCUCAAGCGGUUCCUGCAGGAGAACAACAAGGUGAACCGCGGCGAAUAUGACGCGUGGCAGGAGUCCGACCCGUCGCCGUGCGGGUGGUUCGGCGUGGGGUGUGACGCGGACCGCCGCGUCACGUCGCUGGACCUGUCCGGUUCGAGUAUCUCCGGCCCGGCGUUCGGCAACUUCUCGCGGCUCUCGGCGCUCACUUCGCUCGACCUCUCCGUCAACACCAUCAGCGGCGCCGGCGACAUAAGCCAAUGCCGCGGCCUCGUGCACCUCAACCUGUCUCAUAACCUCAUCAGCGGGCCGCUGGAACUGCCCGGCCUGACCAGACUGCGGACGCUCGACGUGUCCUGGAACCGGCUCGAGGGCGGCAUCGCGGCCAACUUCCCGGCGAUAUGCACCGACCUCGUCAUGCUCAACGUGUCCACCAACAAGCUCACCGGUAACAUCACCGGGCUGUUCGAUGGCUGCGCCAGGCUCGAGUACGCCGACCUCAGCUCGAACAACUUCACCGGCGAGCUAUGGCCGGGCGUCGCGAGGUUCAGGCAGUUCAACGCCGCCGAGAACAACCUCACCGGGAGCGUCCCUCCGGACACGUUCCCGGACGGCUGCAAGCUCGAGUCUUUAGACCUCUCCGCGAACCAGCUGACCGGAAGCUUCCCGGAUUCCGUCGCGAAGUGCUCCAACCUGACAUAUUUGUCGCUUUGGGGGAAUGGCUUCGCCGGAGUGAUAUCGGCCGGGAUCGGAGAGCUCGCCGGGCUCGAGACGCUGAUUCUUGGGAAGAAUCAGUUUGACCGGAGGAUACCGCUGGCGCUGACUAACUGCACGAGCCUUCAGUUCUUGGACAUCAGCAGCAACAUGUUUGGAGGGAACGUGCAGGAAAUCUUUGGCAGGUUUGCGAGCUUAAGAUACCUUGUGUUGCACCACAACAACUACACCGGUGGCAUCGUCACCUCCGGCGUACUCCGGCUACCGCUACUGGCCAGGCUCGACCUCAGCUUCAACGAGUUCUCGGGCGAGCUCCCACCGGAGGUGGCCGACAUGAAGAGCCUCAAGUACCUGAUGCUCGCCUGGAACAACUUCUCCGGCAAGAUACCGCCGGCUUACGGACGGAUCACGGAGCUCCAGGCAAUGGACUUGUCGUAUAACAAGCUCACCGGGGGGAUACCGGCAAGCCUAGGGAACCUCACGUCGCUUUUGUGGCUGAUGCUCGCCGGGAAUCAGCUCUCAGGCGAGAUACCGCCGGAAAUCGGAAACUGCACCAGCUUGCUCUGGCUGAACCUGGCCGACAACCAGUUGACCGGGAAGAUCCCGUCGGAGAUGGCAGCGAUAGGGAGAGACCCCGGACCUACGUUUACCAAGAAUCGGAACGAUCCCAACGUGCUCGCCGGCUCCGGCGACUGCCAGGCCAUGACAAGGUGGAUCCCGGCUAGCUAUCCCCCGUUCAGCUUCGUGUACUCGGUCAUGACACGGGAGAAUUGCCGCAGCAUAUGGGACCGACUUCUAAAAGGCUACGGCAUCGUCCCGAUCUGCACCAACUCGUCGUCGCCGGUGAGGUCCAGCACGAUCUCCGGGUACGUGCAGCUGUCCAGGAACUUUCUGUCCGGAGAGAUACCGCCGGAGAUCGGCGCAAUGCGGAACCUCAGCCUGCUCCACCUCGACGACAACCGGCUCACGGGGCAGCUUCCGCCGGAGAUCGGCCAGCUCCCUCUCGUCGUGCUGAAUGUCUCAAGAAACAACAUCUCAGGCGCGAUCCCACCGGAGAUCGGCAGCAUUCUGUGCCUCGAGAUGAUGGACCUGUCCUACAAUAACUUCUCCGGAGAGCUGCCGGCGAGCCUAAGCAAGCUCACGGAGCUGAACAGGUUCAACGUGUCCUACAACCCGCUUCUCUCCGGCAGCGUCCCCACCGCCGGCCAAUUCGGGACCUUCGACGAGCAGUCCUUUCUCGGCGACCCACUCAUUUCAUUGCAGCGAGGCACCGACAACCAACCGCCACCGGAAGCUGCAGAGGUUCCCGCGGUUGUAAGGCGCGGUAUGUCUCCAAGAACCAUCGCGGUGUGGUUCCUGUUCUCCCUCUUGGUCGCCUUCAUCGCCGGCGCCUUCGUGUUCUUCAUGGUCAAUCUGCGUGCGCGGUUCCCCGUGGACCAGGACCCGGACCACGAGUCGUUCUCGUAUGAGGACCCCAAGUGCUGCUCCGGCAAGUGCGCUUUGCAGAUGUCGACGUCUUCCCUGACGUCGGGGUCAUCGUCAUCGGCGACCGGGUGCUCCUCCUCGACGGAGGGGGUGAAAGUGUUCCGGCUCGGCAAGACGGCGUUCACCUACGGCGACAUCGUGGCGGCAACGGGCAACUUCUCGGACGACCUGGUGAUCGGUCGCGGCGGCUCCGGCGUGGUGUACCGCGGCGUGCUCCCCGACGGCCGCGCCGUGGCGGUCAAGAAGCUCGCGAGGCUGCGCGACGGCGACGGCGAGCGCGAGUUCCGCGCCGAGAUGGAGGUGCUCGCCGACCGGAUGGGGUCCACGUGGACACACCCGAACCUCGUCACGCUCUACGGGUGGUGCCUGUCCGGUUCGGCCAAGAUCCUGGUGUACGAGUACCUUGACGGCGGCAACCUGGAGUCGCUGAUCGGCGACACGGCCGAGUUCGGUUGGGCGCGGCGGUUGGACACGGCCAUCGGCGUGGCGCUGGCGCUCGUGUUCCUGCACCACGAGUGCCGCCCCGCCGUGGUGCACCGCGAUGUGAAGGCUAGCAACGUGCUCCUCGACCGCGACGGGCGCGCCAAGGUGACGGACUUCGGGCUGGCUCGGGUGGUCCGGCCCGGCGACACGCACGUGAGCACGGUGGUGGCCGGGACCGUGGGGUAUGUGGCGCCGGAGUACGGGCAGACGUGGCGCGCCACGACGAAGGGCGACGUGUACAGCUACGGCGUGCUCCUGAUGGAGCUCGCCACGGGCCGGCGUGCCGUGGACGGUGGCGAGGAGGAGUGCCUGGUGGAGUGGGGCCGGAGGAUGGCCAAGGAAGGGUGGAUAUCCAAGGAGGAGACGGCCGCGGCGAGGAGCCCGGUGUCCUGGGAGCUGCUGAUGCUCGGCAUGCGGUGCACGGCCGACGCUCCGCAGGAGCGGCCAGACAUGCCGGACGUGCUCGCCGCGCUGCUCGGCGUAGCCGAGAACGGCGGCGCGAGCUGUAGAUACCGUGAUGGCGGGCAACUCCAGUUCACGUAGCAAGUUCGAUUUUUGUUGUUGUUUGGAUUACGCACCUGUUUCUUCACAGAAUUUUAGUUGUUUUAGUUAGUUUAGCAUUGAUUCUUGAUGUGAAUAACAGGAGUAGGAGACGAGAAGCAAUUUUGGUUGUAGACAGUCACACAGUUGUUUCUACUCUGAUUUUUUGCUCACA